AUGUUGUGUUACAGGUGGUACGCAGGCAUCAGUGUGGUACGCGGGUAUCGGUGUGAGCAGUGUCUACCUACUGAUUGUGUUGUGCUACUACUUGGGGUGCUGUUCGGAAUAUGUGGGGAGCGACCAGGCUACGACGCCCCCUGUUGCAACAAGGGCAUUGGAGCCAACUUCCUCAUGGCCGGCGUUGGCUUCAGCUUCAUCUUCUCCUGGCUGCUGAUGCUGCUGGUCGUAAUAUUCUUCAUUGUGGGUGGCCCAGCCUUCACGGAGCUCUGCCGCUACUUUGAUGGCCAUGACCCCAGUGAACUCAAGUUUAUCACGGAGCCGCUGAGCCAAGGGUUCAACUUGUCUGAAACCCUGUACAGAAAUCCAUCUGUUAAAUUUGAUCUUGUGCAGGUGCUGGAGGAUUGUAAAGCGAACAAAGCUGUGUACAAGGCCCUGAAGCUGGAAAAUGUUUUCAACCUUUCGUCAUUGAUUAAUCUGAAAGAUUUGGAUGCAAAAAUUGAUGAAAUAGCUGCACAGAACUUCACCUUACCAGCAGUUUCUUUGAUUAGUGAUGAUUUAAAGAAGAGGAUUGACGACUUCGGCAAAUCAGGACUAGACAGUAUUGAUUUCAGUUCAUUUGAUUCGCAGCUGAAUAAGACUGGUAAGAAACUAACAGGGACUAACCUGACCGAGGCUGCUGAAGCGUUGGAGGCGGCUGCAAAGACAGUGUCUUCUGAUGCAGCUCUUCAAAGAGUGCUUCGUGCCAAUGCUCAAGCUUUGAAGCAACUGGAUACUGAUUAUGUUCAAAAUAUGACAUCGAAUGUGAACAACCUGAAGAGGGCCCUUGAAUCCCUGAAGACUAACACGAAUAUAGGAAACCUUACAGUAGACCUUGUUGCCAAUUUAAAUGCUUCACAAACCACCUUCAAUUCUCGGCGCAAUGAUUUGGUGAAAGAGGUGGUAGUAAAUCUGACAAAAUCCCUGAAGUCUACCACAGGGUCCGCUGUGACUGGUCUCAUUGAUACGGUGGAGACACAAUGUUGGUAA